AUGCGCUACAACGAGCGGGAGCUGCUGUCCCUGGCCCGCCAGCCCGCCGAGAAAGCGGCCGAGAUCCGCAUGAGCGUCCCCAAGAAGGGCAGCGUGCUGAAGAAGCGCCUGGUGAAGCUCGUGGUGAAUUUUCUCUUCUAUUUCCGCACUGAUGAGGCCGAGCCCAUUGGAGCUCUGCUGCUGGAGCACUGCAAGAUCACCAAAGAGGAGGAGAACGUCUUCUCCAUCAGUUUCAUCGAGGAGCCAGAGAGGAAAUACUGCUUUGAGUGUGCCACGGAGGAGCAGUGCCAGGAGUGGGUGGAGGCACUCAAGAGAGCCAGCUACGAGUUCCUGAGGAGGAGCCUGAUUUUCUACAGGAACGAGAUCCAGAAGAUGACAGGGAAGGACCCCCUGGAGCAGUAUGGAAUCUCAGAGGAAGCUCGUUUCCAGCUGGGAGCACACAGGCAGUAACUCCCUCACCUGGCUGGAUCUGGCUCCACCCCAGCCCCCUGGGAAGGACAGCAGCUCCCCACACUGACCACGUGACUUUUUUAUUUAUUACCCAAAUGGUUUUUUUAUUUUUUUUUUUAAGGGAAUUCGUUGCACAUUCCCAGUUCCCCAGCUGGGGAGGCUCAGCUGCUCUGUGGAUGCUGCAGUGGGAGCAGAGCCCCCAGCCCUGGCAUGAGCAGAGGCAGGGACUGACAGAGCUCCCAGCUCCUGCUCUCCUCCAGGACAUGCUGGGGCCACCUGAGCCAGCUCCAGCCCUUCUGCUCUGCCCUGUCCUGAGGGGGCUGCUGGCCUUCCCCCUGGCUCAGGAUCCUCCUGCAGUCCCAGGAGCCAUCAGCUCAUCCCUGGCUGUAAGAGGAUGUUGUGACUGAUGCAUUUCUGGGCUCUGGGGCUUUCUCUGCCCUUCCAGGGAGGAGUGGGAAUUCCUCCAGCUCAGCCACAGCUCCAGCUGAUGGAGGGAACUCUGCUCCCCUGUGCAGCCACGGCCUCUUGGGGUCUUCUUUUCCCUCCCCUGGGCAGGUGCUGGAAUUCCUGGGGGCUGGAUAAGCCCAUCCAAAAGAACAGAGCUGCAGAACACGAGGGAACAAAGACAGGGAGAGAUCCCUGAGUGGUCCUGCCUGUGUGCAGAGCUCUGCAGUGAUCCAGCUUCCCAGGGAGGAGAGGCAGAUGGAGAAGCUGGCAAAGGCAGGAGCUUCUCCCUUUGGCUGGAGCUGCAGGACUGCACCAGCUCAGCCAGGCAUUAACCCUUCAUUCCCUGAGCCACUGCUGCAGCUUUUCUCCCCUCUAUGUGUCCCCUUUGUCCAAAGGGGCAGACCAAAAAACUGUGCCAAGGUCACAGGGAGCCAGGGCUGCCUGUCCUGGAGCUCCUGCAGGGAAGAGAUAAGGAUUAGGAACAACAUCCCUGUAGGAUCAGCCCUGGCUCCAGCUGCACCAAGGAAAACUGCCCAGAAAUGAGGGAUGGAGGACACCCCCCAUACCCAGGGCUGCUGCAGACUCAGAUUCUUGACUGCCAGAGCAGCUUCCCUGGAACCAGCCCAGGAAAAGCCUCUGGGAAGGUCCCAUGUGUCACUGUCAGGGGUUGCUGGCAGCAGGAAUGGGGCGGGGGCUUGGCCUGGGCUUUGGGAGCUGCAGCUCUGGGCGUUGUUCCCCUCAGCUGCCCCGCCCGGGGAGGGGGUGGAGCAGCCUCUGAGCUGGGAUUGAAGGGAAUUUUGGGGUCUUUUCCUCCUUGGUUGGUAAUUAAUGUCCAAAGCAGAGCCCACACUGCAGCCUUUGGUAUCCUGGUGUUCCCUCUUUACCUCGUGCAGCUGAGCAGCAGGAGUGACACCUGUCACUGAUGCUUUUGUUUUAAUCUCAAAGCUGAGAUUUUUCCCUUUUCCUUCCCCAGAUACUCCCUUUCCCUUGAAUCAUUCCAGGUGCUUGCUUCAGAAAAUACCAAAAUCAUCUGAGGGCAGCUGCCCUGGGGGAUCAGCCAAGGGCAGCAGGGAGGGAGCAGAAUCCAGGGGGGGUUGCCAACAGAUGGCAGCUCCAGGGCAAGCAGCAGUGAGGGAUUAAAAGCAGGAACACACAGGAACUGCUUUGGGGAAUCAGUAUCCUUGGAUGACCCCAAAGUGCAUUUUAAUCCUGUCCAGCCUGCAUUUAUACAAACCAGAGCUGAGUUCUCAGCUGGGCUGCCACCACUGUAGCAAAUGUCACCUGUGCCUUGCAGGCCUCGGUGCCUCCUCACUGGACACCUUUCCCCAGGUGGAGCUGCCACCCUCCAGUGUCACUGUGCAGAAAAUGGCUGUUUUAUUUGCUGUUCCAGAGAACAGCUGGGUGAGCAAGAGCAAAGCCCAACACUGAUUUAAAUGUUCAUCACCAAUGACAUUUCUUAACUGAAUGUACAACAAAAGCUGUGAAGAGUUGCCAGGGCCAGGCCAGGCCCAGGGACUCAGAUCCAUUGUGGGGCAGGGCUGGGACAGGGGUGGGAUUUAGGGAGGGACGAUGGUACUUUGUAGACACUUUGAAAUCUGCAUCAACUGCUGGUGGUUUACAGACAAUUGCUUGUUUUUCACACUCCAACUUUGCUUGUUGUGUUUCAGCUAAAGCUGGGUCCAGGCUCCCUGAGAGCCAGCUGAAGCCAUUCCUCUGUUGUACAAUGAACAUUCCCAAUAAAUCCUGUUUUAAUCUU